AUGUCAACCGAAAAAAGUCCAAACCUUGUGGUUUUCUAUGGAUCCCAAACUGGUAAUGCUGAAUGGAUUGCCAAAAAUAUACACGAAGAGGCAAUAAAGCGUGGAUUUUCUAGCGAAUGUUACGUUCUAAAUGAACACGAUAAAACAGAUUUGUCAAAGCAAAAGGUGCUAAUCUUUGUUACUUCAAGUACCGGCGAUGGUGAUCCUCCAGAUAAUUCCACAAAAUUCUUUCGUUAUAUGAGAAAAAUUAAAUCGAAAACUUUUUUAAGUCAUGCUAAAUUCACGAUUCUUGGGCUUGGAGAUACAAAUUAUUCGAAUUUUAAUAAUACAGCAAAACGUUUAGAGAAGAGAUUAUUGGAAUUUGGUGCCUCACCUUUUUAUACGAAAGGUUUGGCUGAUGAUGCAGUGGGUUUAGAAUUAGUGGUGGAUUCUUGGAUUGCAAAUUUAUGGGAUCACCUGGCUGAAAUAUGUACACAAAAACAAAAUGGAGAAAAUGGAAAAGGCGAAAUUAAAGAAAAUGGAAAAAGCGAAAUUAAAGAAAAUGGAAAAAGCGAAAUUAAGGAAAAUGGAAAAAGCGAAAUUAAGGAAAAUGGAAAAAAUGAAAUUAAAGAAAAUGGAAAAAGCGAAAUUAAAGGAAAUGGAAAAAGUGAAGUUGAAGGAAAUGAAAAAAGUGAAAUUAAGGAAAAUGGAAAAAGUGAAGGUGAAGGAGAUGGAAAAGGUAAAAGUAAAAGUAAAAGUAAAGAGAUUGGUGAAAUUGAAAAUCCAGAAGGUGUCAUUUCUACAGUUAAAAAUCUAUCAAUCAAAGAAUUAGAAAAACAUUCUUCUGAAUUAGGAAUAAAUGGCAAUAAAAUUAUUUUAGAUUUAUCAGAGCUCGCUAAUUCUACCCAACUUACCGCUUUACCACGUGUUCCAAUAGAACAUUGUAAAAUUAUUAAAUCCAACAAAGAAAAAAAAAAUUCAUUUUUACCUUCAUUCAUAAUUACUCCCAAUCCAAUUAUUAAUGCCAAAUUAAAUGCCGUACGUUGUUUAACUCGUUUUGAUGCCAUUAAAAAAACAUUACAUUUGGAAUUGGACAUUAAAGAUCAUAGUGAAGAAAUUCAAUUUUUCCCGGGAGACGCUUUCGGAAUAAUUGCGCCCAAUGAUAAUCUAUUGGUUCAAAACAUAUUGACCGCCUUAGGAAUUAAUGAAAAUGAGUCUAAUCAAGAAAUUUCGGUUGAACAUAUUGAAAAAGAAAAUGCUUUACUAAGAAUGAUGGCAGAAUACACCUCAGAUGACCAAGAAAAGAAAACUUUACUUUUUUUGUGUAGUAAGCAAGGUGUUAAACAAUUCAAUUGUUUACGUGAACAAAUUCCUACACUUCUUGAUUUACUGGUAACUUUUCCUUCAUGUAAACCCCCAGUGGAACGACUUCUUGAUGUUUUACCAGCACAUCAACCGAGAUAUUAUUCCAUUGUCAAUUCACCUCUGGUAAACCGUGAAGAACUUCAUUUCGCGUUCAAUAUAAUAGAUUAUUAUACACCCACCCCUUAUGACGUUCAUAAAUUUGGAGUUUGUACUCCUUGGUUAAAUAAAUUAAGUGGUAAUGUAACCGAAAUGAAUAUUCGAACAAUUUUAACUCCCCCGAUAAUAAACAUUCCAAUUUUCAUGAAAUCGAACUCAACGGGAUUUAAGAUUCCAUCGGAUUUGUCAAAAUCUUUGAUCCUGAUUGGUCCUGGAACUGGAGUAGCCCCAUUUGUUGGAUUUUUACAACAUCGUGAAAAACAAAUUAUUGAAAAAAAUCAAAUUUUGGAAUCAAAAAAAAAACAAUUGUUAGGUGAAACUUGGUUAUUUUAUGGAUGUAGGGAAAAAGAAAAAGAUUUUUUGUAUCAUCAAGAACUUGAGGGAUUUUUACAACGAGGAAUAUUAAAAGAAUUAUUAAAUCUUAUGAGAAUCCGUGGAAGUGAGAUUUUCGAAUUACUGAGUCAAAAAGAAGCAAUGAUUUUUGUCUGCGGGGAUGCCAAAGGAAUGGCCAAAGAUGUAAAUGAUGCAUUAACUGAUAUUCUUGUCGAACAUGGUAAAAUGCAACGACCAGAUGCAUUAAAUUUGUUGGUUAAGUGGAUGGGAGAAAAACGAUAUUUACGCGAUUUGUGGGCAUAA